GGGCUUGUCUACAUGUUUAAUUUGAUCGUUGGAACAGGAGCACUGACGAUGCCACAGGCCUUCGCUGUUGCUGGCUGGGGCGUGAGCCUUGCUCUCAUUAUUUUCCUUGCAUUUAUGAGCUAUAUGACUACAACUUUUGUUAUUGAGGCCAUGGCAGCAGCCAAUGCACAUCUACGUUGGAAAAGGAGGGAGAGGCAGAGAAUAGUAGAUGACAGUGAUCCCUCUUCAGAUUCAUAUGAUGAGGAUGAAGACAAGAAUAUUGCAUUCAGAGAUGGUUAUGAGCGGUCAGAGACGAGACCUAUUCUCUCCGUCCAAAGGACCAGCACAUAUGAUGCUUUUGACAUUGUGGAGCGAGUAGAAAUGGGUCAGAUGGCUUCUAUGUUUUUCAAUAAAGUGGGAGUCAACAUGUUCUACAUCUGCAUCAUAAUCUACCUCUAUGGGGAUCUGGCGAUCUACGCAGCUGCUGUCCCAUAUUCCCUCACUGAAGUAGUCUGUGGGAAUCAGUCAUGCAGCGCCGACAGCAAAGUAAAGCACAAUGAUACAGACCCAUGCUGGGGAUCAGUUAGACGCAUCGAUGCCUACAGGAUUUUUCUGACUGCAUUUUCUCUGCUUCUCGGACCAUUCACUUUCUUCAAUGUUCAGAAGACGAAAUACCUUCAAAUUAUCACUUCCCUGAUGAGAUGGAUUGCUUUUGUAAUCAUGAUCAUUUUGGCUUUGAUCAGGAUCGGUAAAGGUGCAGGAGAGGGCCAUCCUCCUAUCGCGAACAUCUCUGGCAUCCCCAACUUGUUUGGUGUGUGCGUCUACUCCUUCAUGUGUCAACAUUCCUUGCCCUCGCUCAUUACCCCCAUCAGUAAGAAGAAGCAUAUGAACAAGCUGGUCCUCGUCGACUAUGUGCUCAUCCUAGCUUUCUACAGCCUGCUGUCCUUCACAGCCAUCUUCUGCUUCAGUAAUCUGAAGGACAUGUAUACCCUCAACUUCACCAGUAAUUGUAAUGUCAUCAAUGUGUCCUUCAUUCGCUACUUCUUAGGAUUGUUUCCAGUUUUUACAAUCAGCACAAACUUCCCAAUAAUUGCAGUUACAUUACGCAAUAACUGGAAAACUGUCUUCCACAGAGAAGGGGGGAUGUAUCCAUGGCUGAUUGAUCAAAUUAUCUUUCCCUUAAUCACCAUUAUUCCUCCUAUAUUGGUGGCAUUCUGCACCCAUGACUUGGAAACGCUGGUGGGCAUUACUGGUUCUUAUGCAGGCACUGGUAUUCAGUACAUAAUCCCUGCAUGCUUGGUCUACUUCAGCAGGAAAGACAUUGAACUUGUAUUUGGUAAUAAUGUUCAGAAUAAGUACAGAUCGCCCUUCAAGCAUAUAUUCUGGAUUUUCUUUGUGUUGGUGUGGUCAUUGUCUUGUUUCAUCUUUGUAACAACCAACAUUGUGCUGGUGGAAACCAAACCCUGAGCCCUUGCACUGUCAGAUUCAUCCUGUAUUGUUCAUCAGACUCAAAAGCCAGUUUUUGACCCAAAGCACCAAAUGAUUUCACUGUGACAAAAUAUGCUAAAUUCAUAGUGAACUGUUGAAAGUAUUCAUGAUAUCAUGUUUUGCGGUUGCCUUUUCCAAAAUCUGCAUAUGAAUCCUUAAAUAAUGCACUUCACUUGUGUAAGUAUGGCAAUAAACAGUAUCAGAUUUUCAACUUUCGGUUUAUAACUGCAGUAAGUUAUCUUGGCAUCAUGUGACAUACCUAGACACACACGAUUCUCAUCCCUUUCUGUUCUCCUGAUGCAACUUUGAAUGCGGACCAGGUAAAGAUGGUCUUUUAUUGAUGCCCUUUGUGGAACAUUCUUGUAUACCAAAAGCCUUUUUUAUUUCCUACAGUUUCAAAUUAUUGACAAUCAAACAAUGAAAUGACUGCAAACAUUAAGGUUGCAAAUUUUUGGAUUGUAAAAGCUGUUGGAAAUGGCUGAGUCUACGAGAUAUUUUGUGGAGUUCUGCAAGAUGGAGUAGCUUGUAACUGAAUUGAUGUCCGUCUGAUAUCAGUCCAUUGGAUAUCUCCUACUACUUGUGAACUUGCUUGAAUUUGAUUUGGAUUGAGUAGGCCAAAGCUUGUUUUUCAAAGACUCUUGUAUCCAUCAGCUACUGAACAGGCUUCUCCUUCAUUUGGGCGAACUAUAAUAUGUGUGACUUUAACUCUAGCAUGUCAUCGCCUGCUAUCCUCGCAGACUCCGGUCUGGUUCCAUAGACCCCCUGACCCCACUCGCCCCCUGUUAGUUUCUGUCUAGUGCCUUGUACUCUUUGUGUGAGGUACCUUGUGCUUCAUAUUUACUCAGCCCAAGCAGGUCAUACUUUUUUUAAACACACUCUUCUCUCUUUUGAGAUGUGUAAAAAGGGGUGUAAUGGUGAAACUGUUGGAUAUUACCUUGCCCAAAUCGCUCCUUAAAAUAAGCAGUGCAGGUAGUGAUGUGACCUCUGUACAGUCAUCAGCCUCCGUUCUCAAUCUUGUGCACUAUUGCCUUUGCCUUCAUUCAUAAAUCGCCCCAGAGUGCAUGAUAUUUUGUGUGGGACACGUGAAGAGCUGCACAUGGACAUGUAAUUGGAACACAAAUUAUAUAUUUGGAUGUUGAUUGACAUGCUGUAUAUUUCUGCAUUCUGUUAUAAAUGUAUAUGAAGUGUUUGAAUCCAAGUGUGUUGAAUUAAAUCUCGUCGCUUUCUC